UAUAGAUUUGGGGAAAGGGAAGUCAAGAUGGAGAAGGCGAAGAAGCGUCUGGAGCUGAACUCGGACGAGUCAGAGACCAUGUCGCGAGUUGCCAUCCCAGCUCUCCAAAUCAGAAAGUCGAGCUUCUACGAUGCCUUCGCUCUGAGAAGUAUCCAAGUCGAGCGAGUCAAGCCCGAUGUUGUCAUCUGUUAUUUCAAGGUCCCUCCCCGCCUUAUCGAUAGAGAUGGAACUUUGGCAAAUGGUGCAAUUGCAAACCUUGUUGAUAUAGUUGGUGGUUCCUUAGCUUAUAUUCCAGACCUCCCUAUGAAUGUUUCCGUCGACAUAUCCAUCUCUUAUGUCUCAACUGCCAAGGUUGGAAUAAUGGAGAGGGAUUUUCUGGGUUUGAGCUCAAUCAGUGGUGGUGCGACUCUGAAGGAAUAA